GUAGCUCAUUUGAACCACAAAUAGUUUUAAUCCAAAUUUCAACGUAUUGCAAGGAUUAUAUUAAAUUUACAAACGAAAUUGAUCAUCAUGUUAUGUCAACGUUGAAUUCAAUUACGGACAAUGACAAUAUCGUAAAAGUGAAUGCUACGUCUGAUUGCACUCUAAAUCAAAAGUAUUUGUAUUUAGAUAAUUCAUGAUUGCGCACAAGAUAUCAAGUAUUUACGUCGUGAUUUUAAUUUACUAUUUACAAAUGUAUUUGACACCAAAGCAGGCGCUAAAAUGUUAUAUUCAAAAUCCAAGUAUUCUUUUUUAUUGGAUAAAUAUUUUAGUAUUGAUACAAGUGAAUUAAAAGAUAAUUACCAAUGUCACGAUUGGUUGUCGAGACCUUAUGAUCGACAAACAUUGCUUUAUGCUCAAUUGGAUUGUCAUUUCCUGAUAAAAAUACGAGCCAAACUUAUGUACGAAAUUUAA